UGCAAGCAUACGUUACAAACGGAAAAUAGUUGAUCCAGCCGAUAGCUCUCGUUUACUUGACGUUCGACGAUCCUCUCUUUUUAUCUAUUUCAUUAUUGAUCGACAGAGUGGACCGGGUUUGACAAUGAGACAGUUUUGAGGCGAGACUGAUGGACAUUACUUGUAAGAGCAAAAAACGCAUCCUUCAAAUGGAGCGUGUUCUGAAAGCUGUACCGGCGGAUUUAAGAGUAAAAAUGGAGGCUCUUGUGCACGAUUUGACUUUGGCACUGGAGGAGAGCAGCAACAGUGCAAAUCUGAGACGCAGAUGGGGCAUUAGGAGGAGAGCCCGCUCCACGGGGAAUAUUCCGGCAUUAAGCAUGAACAAACAUUCGGACGACAGCUCAUCUUCCAUUUGCGAAAUUCGCAUUCCAAAAACUGCCAAUGUUUCGAAAUAUCAGUCCGAUAGUGACGAUCCUAAUCAGACCAAACGUUUCGCACAUUUUCCAAACUUAAAUAACGUCAGUAAUAUCGAGAGCGAUUCAGUAAAUGAAAAUUUUGUGCCAAGAGCAAACACCAGACGCAAGAGAAAGUUUAAAAGAAUGGCAAUUGAUUCCGAUUCUAAUGCGUCCACUUCUCAAGCAGUGGCAAUUAUGUCGACUUCAACAUUCGGUGGAAAAAAACGUAUCUUUCGAAGCGAUUGUAAAAAUAGAUAUAGUGCUAUAUGGUGCGGAAAACGUAAAAGAUCGUGUAGAAUAGAUUGUGAAAUGAGAGUAGCUAAACCAACCAAAAAUGCAAAACCGAAAAAUCGAGAUAAAAUGCAAGGCGAGGAUACGGUGGAUUGUUCUCGUAUAUCUAGUUCCAGCAUUUCGUCCAGUGAUUCGGAGGCAGGUCUUAUUACAAACGAUGAAGAUAGAGAAGGAGACGACGAACAGUCGGAUUGGAUCGGAGAGUCGAGUUGGCGAGACGACGGAGAGAGCACUAGCGACGACAAAGCUACGUCGGAUUCGACCUUCCAAAUGAUAUUGCAUGGCGAACAUUCCGUUGCAGAGGCCAAGAAAAAUUAUAAACAGAGAAUACAACGCAUUCGUGAAGGCCUCAGCGGUAGAGAGAUCCGUGCUGGGCGACGUCAUGUUGACAACAAGCCUGGUUAUUCCAUUAUAACAUCAGCCAACGAGAAAGUCUCUCGAUUCCUGCAAGAUCCCACACAGAGCGAGCUAAAACUCCAUCCUAUGCGACAACCUGAGCGAGAGAAGCUACGUCGACUCGCCAAUUUGUAUAGUUUAAGUAUGAAGGGCGAUCAAGGCUGCCCAAUACUGUAUAAAACGCGACAUACCACACAGGCUGUGUGCGUAGAUCAAGUAUCAUUGAACAGAUUCUCAGACUACAAGAGAUUGCGUAAAACACCGCCGAAUUCACCGAAUUCAGACUCUACGAUGCAAACCGAGGAGCCUCAGAUUUCCAGCACGAGCUUCAGUCCACAAAUUCUAAAUCAAACGCAAAGCAAUAUUGGCUCUAUACAAGCAAAUGUACAAACGUUUUCUUCAUUUGAAUGGGAAAGCGAAAGUAUGGACAUUGAAGUACAAGGAAAGCCAAAGUUUCCUGAUUUUGGACAUUCCAAAUCUAGUUAAAUAUAUACAUAUAAAUACAUAUUCAUUGUUAUUGUUUCUUCU